UGCUCCAAUGGCGACCAUGAACUCCUCCUCCCUCUCCUCCCCCAAGGCCCAGAUAUUCUCCUCUCCGAACCCUAGAAUGGCCCCACGCCACACCCUUGUCCCCGCCCUCCGCCCCAACUCCUUUCUCCCCCCUCUCUCGUCCCGCCACCGGCCAGCCUUCCGGUCGGGGGUGGCCCGGGCGAUGGCGGCGGACAGAGAGUACUCCUCGAGGAGGAGCAGCAGCAGCGAGCCGAGAGAGACGAUCCUGCUGCCUGGAUGCGACUACAAUCACUGGCUUAUCGUCAUGGAGUUUCCUAAGGACCCCGCCCCCACCCGGGAGCAGAUGAUCGAGACCUACCUCAACACCCUCGCCACCGUUCUCGGAAGCAUGGAGGAAGCUAAGAAGAACAUGUAUGCAUUUAGUACAACUACUUAUACUGGUUUUCAGUGCACUGUAUCUGAGGAGACUUCAGAGAAAUUCAAGGGAUUGCCUGGUGUUCUAUGGGUGCUACCAGAUUCCUAUAUCGAUGUGAAAAACAAGGACUAUGGAGGUGAUAAAUAUAUAAAUGGGAAGAUAAUUCCUUGUACAUACCCAACCUACCAACCAAAACAACGGAGUGGUUCAAAAUACCAGAGCAGAAGGUAUGAGAGACGGAGGGAUGGUCCUUCAUCCGAACGGGGAAGGCCAAGACAACAAACUCCUCAACCCGAGUCAACUUCUUAACGAGGUAGAUCAUUAAAUGUCAUGCAUCAAUGAAUGGAUGGUACUUUACCAAAUCCUAUGAUCUGGUACUACCUUAUGUCAAUUCUACAAUGAGACAACUUUUCUGAUGAAUAGAAGUAGAAUUUGCUGAUGUGGGAUGAGUGGUGUCAUUAUCAAGUGGCUGUUCAUAUAUCAUGCAACAUAAGUUUUGUGGUACUUGUGAGAAACUUCACAAGUUCAUUAUAUGUCAACUACAAAUUUCAGAACCGGAUGUAUUAUUUAACCACAUGCUGUCAUUUAUGUGACUUUAAAUUAUAUUCAUUCUUGAUUUUGGUAAAA